AUGGCGCCUGAAACAUAUGACUUUGCAAACGAUUUUAAAACUCUUUAUAUACCAAAGCAAAAACCUGAGCCAGCUCCGGUGCCCGAGAGUAUGAAAGCGAUACUCCAAAGCUACCCUCCCUUGAGCCAGGUAACGCCUGUCGAGAGCUCCGACGGCGUUCCAUUCACUGCUUUGUUGGAGAUACCAAAGUUUCGAGCUGAAGAGAGUUGGGAAGUUGCUCUUUGGCACUCAAUUGAUGGCGAGGGCUGGACCGAGGCUGAGGUGCCCAGGAUAAAGAGCAGCCUGGCACCGCAAGCUCUCCAUGCUGAAUCAGAAGCUGUCUUCAGGAUAUACUAUGCUACAAAAGUAUCUUUCAAAAAUUCUAUACGGUUUACCAUCAAAUUCCGUCACAAUUCUAAUGAAUCUUGGAGAUGGAUCCGUGACGAACAAGGGUUGGAGGACGGCCACAUUGUGGUGCUCCCGGCACCUACAGAGUCUGAUAACUUGGCCGACCUUAUAUCUGGACUCAACACAACCUGGAAAGUUGCAUCUCGUAUGAGCCAAGCGCCAAAAACGCAAUUGUGGUCACUUGAAGCCGUGGUGCCUCCCGCAGAGAACGAUUUGUCUUCAUUCACUGAUAUUCAAAUUGGGACACCUUGGGGUUCUUUUCUAAGAUGGUUUGCCGUUGUUCGGCUUUGGUCGCCUUGGCUAGCUCCACGGCAUGGCAGAGACCACUUUUCGCUCGAUAAAGACGCAAUACUGCUAGCUUUCCAAAGCCCAGAAGGCAGAAACAUGGUCUUAUUGGCUGUCUCGGGAAUAAAUGAUUCAGUACCUGUUUUUCAACACACCUCCAGCGGCGCCGUAUCAGUAAAUGUGCGCAACGACUCAGCCUCCGAUGAGAAGACAACUAUCCUAGUAUCCGAAGGAAAUGAUUUCCAAAGGGCUGUUGCCGCCGUAAUGUACCAUGCAAGAAGUCUUGUUAUGAAAGCUCGUAGCGCGAACCAAGCGGUGGAAGAAGAGUUGAAAGCUCUUUCUGAUGCAGUUCGGCCAGAGUGGCUUGAAAACUGGUAUGAUGGACUUGGGUUCUGUACAUGGAACGCACUCGGUCAAAGGUUAACAGAACAGAAGAUCAUUGAUGCAAUUGACAAGCUCGAAAAUCACAACAUCAACAUCACGUCUCUUAUUAUUGACGAUAAUUGGCAGUCAAUUGACUACAGAGGCGCUAGCCAGUUUCAAUACGGAUGGGUUGAGUUCGAGGCCGAGCCAGAAGCUUUUCCAAACGGAUUAAAGGCAGCCAUCAGUAAAAUCCGGGAGCGAAGUCCAAAAAUCCAGCAUAUUGCGGUAUGGCACGCCCUAUUGGGAUAUUGGGGUGGCAUUUCGCCCGAUGGAAAGCUUGCCAAGAAGUACAAAACUAUCGAAGUAAUUCGCGAGGAGGCUAAACGCCGCAACUUGCCUCUCGGAGGCAAAAUGACAGUGAUUGCUAAAGACGACGUUCGUCAAUUCUAUGAUGAUUUUUAUCAAUUUCUCUCAGAUGCUGGCGUUGAUGGGAUCAAGACAGAUGCGCAGUUCAUGGUUGAUAUGUGGCUCAGUGCCUCCGUCCGACGGGAGCUCAUCAACACAUAUCUAGACGCGUGGAAUCUCACAUCUCUUCGCUAUUUCAGCGUCAAGGCCAUAUCAUGCAUGUCGCAGAUCCCACAGGCACUGUUCAAUUCUCAGAUGAUACCAAAUCGGCCCGCUUUACUAGUUCGCAACUCAGACGACUUCUUCCCUCAGAUUCCCUCAUCGCACCCUUGGCAUGUAUGGACGAACGCAUACAAUAGCAUUUUCAUGGAGUAUCUGAAUGUUCUUCCAGAUUGGGAUAUGUUCCAGACGGUACAUGAUUAUUCUGGGUUUCAUGCUGCUGCUCGAUGUGUCAGCGGUGGACCGAUUUAUAUCACCGACGUUCCUGGAGAGCACAAUCUCGACUUGAUAGGCCAAAUGACGGGCCUGACCCCUGAAGGCAAGACUGUCAUAUUUAGACCAAGCGUCUUAGGAAAGGCCAUAUAUCCAUAUAUAGGUUAUGACGAUGACCUGCUUCUUAAAGUUGGCAGCUAUCAUGGAGCAUCUGAGACUGGCACACCAAUAGUAGCCAUAUUCAACAUCUCAGCACGCCCACUCACAGAGUUGAUUCCCCUUUCUUGCUUCCCAGGCACCGUGCCAUCUCUGCAUUACGUUGUACGGGCCCACGCCACAGGAAAGGCAUCUGCGCCGAUGAAGCUUGAUGAUCCGACUUCGCUCAUUGUUGGAUCUUUGGACGUCCGCGGAUACGAGAUUUUCACAGCUUUCCAGGCUGUACCUCUCAACGGUCACAAAUAUGGGGAAAUAUGGGUGGCAAACCUUGGCCUGAUUAACAAAAUGACUGGCAGCGUAGCCAUUGUAGCCAGCAGUAUCAGCAUGAAAGAGAACGGAAGAUUGUCUGUUGCUGUCAAGUUGAAGGCCCUAGGAGUAUUUGGAAUUUAUAUCUCUACAUUACCGAAUAUGACACUCCAAGAAGAUUUCAUUGUAACUCUCCAAGACCAGGCCGUCCCGGUAGAAACUGUGGGUGUAUCACAAAGCGACCAGCAUGUACUUGAGAUAAACAUUGAAAAGGCUUGGAAGGAUAUGAAGCUGGAGCCUGGCCGAUUGGACGAAGUUGAAAUCAAGGUCAGCUUUGCGGGCUAG